AUGAAAGCUCCUAUUCCUCACUUAAUCCUUUUUUAUGCUACUCUUGUUCAGAGUUUGAAGGUUGUGACCAAAAGGGGCUCAGCGGAUGGAUGUACUGACUGGUCAGUGGAUUACAAGAAGUAUCAAGUCUUAGUGGGAGAACCUGUUCGUAUAAAAUGUGCAUUGUUUUAUGGAUAUAUAAGAGCAAACUACACUCUAGCACAAAGUGCUGGACUGAGUUUGAUGUGGUACAAAAGCUCUGGACCUGGCGAUUUUGAGGAACCUAUAGCUUUUGAUGGAACUAGAAUGAGCAAAGAGGAAGAUGCCAUUUGGUUUCGCCCAACAGUAACACAAGACAGUGGGCUUUAUGCAUGUGUCAUAAGAAACUCUACUUACUGUAUGAAAGUAUCAAUUUCGCUGACAGUGGGUGAAAAUGACACUGGCCUCUGCUACAAUUCAAAGAUGAAAUAUUUUGAAAAAGCUGAACUUAGCAAAAGCAAGGAAAUCUCAUGCCCUGACAUACAGGAUUUUUUAAUACCAUAUAGAGAGCCUGAAAUCCUGUGGUAUAAGGAAUGCCAAGUCACAACCUGGAGACCAAGUAUUCUGUUCAAAAAAGACACUCUUGUUAUCCGGGAGGUCAGAGAAGAUGACAUUGGAAAUUAUACUUGUGAAUUAAAAUAUGGACUGUUUUCUGUCAGAAGAACUACAGAAUUAACAGUUACAGCCCCUCUGGCUAAAAGGCCCAGUUCCCUCAUGUUUCCCCAAAAUGGAAAAUUAAAUUUCUCAGAGACAGAAGUGGGCCAUGCUGCUAAUCUAACCUGCCGUGCAUUCUUUGGAUACAGUGGUGAAGUCAGCCCUUUAAUGUACUGGAUGAAAGGCGAAAAGUUUAUUGAGGAUUUGGAUGAAAGCCGAGUUUGGGAAAGUGAUAUUAGAGUUCUUAAGGAGCAUCUUGGAGAACAGGAAGUUUCCAUCUCAUUAAUUCUUGAUUCAGUUGAAGAAGGAGACCUUGGAAAUUACUCAUGCUAUGUUGAAAAUGGAUAUGGUCGCAGACAUGCUACUGUCAUUCUACUCAAAAGAGAGCUGAUGUAUACAGUUGAGCUUGCUGGCGGGCUUGGUGCUAUUCUGCUGCUACUUGUUUGUUUAGUGACUAUCUACAAGAGCUACAAGAUUGAGAUUAUGCUAUUCUACAGGAAUCAUUUUGGUGCUGAAGAACUAGAUGGAGAUAACAAAGAUUAUGAUGCAUACCUGUCAUACACCAAAGUGGAUCCUGACCAGUGGAAUCAAGAAACGGGGGAAGAGGAACGAUUUGCUCUUGAGAUCCUACCAGAUAUGCUUGAAAAGCAUUAUGGCUACAAAUUGUUCAUUCCUGAUAGAGAUUUGAUUCCUACUGGAACAUACAUAGAAGAUGUGGCAAGAUGUGUAGACCAAAGCAAGCGGCUGAUCAUUGUUAUGACUCCAAAUUAUGUGGUCAGAAGAGGAUGGAGUAUCUUUGAACUGGAAACAAGACUUCGAAACAUGUUAGUUACAGGUGAAAUUAAAGUGAUACUGAUCGAAUGCAGUGAACUCCGGGGCAUUAUGAACUACCAGGAGGUGGAGGCCCUGAAACACACCAUCAAACUCCUCACGGUUAUUAAAUGGCACGGACCAAAAUGCAACAAGUUGAAUUCCAAAUUCUGGAAACGUUUACAGUACGAAAUGCCUUUUAAGAGGAUAGAACCCAUCACCCAUGAGCAGGUGUUAGAUGUCAGUGAGCAGGGGCCCUUCGGGGAACUGCAGACGGUCUCAGCAAUUUCUAUGGCUGCUGCUACCUCUACUGCUCUUGCCACUGCCCAUCCUGACCUGCGCUCCACGUUUCAUAAUACGUAUCAUUCCCAGAUGCGCCAGAAACACUAUUAUCGAAGCUAUGAAUACGACGUACCUCCUACUGGCACCCUGCCUCUUACCUCAAUAGGUAACCAACAUACCUACUGCAACAUCCCUAUGACACUUAUUAAUGGGCAGAGGCCGCAGACAAAAACUAACAGGGAGCAAAAUCCUGACGAGGCUCAUACAAACAGUGCGAUACUGCCACUCCUUCCGCGGGAAACCAGUGUGUCGAGUGUCAUUUGGUGACAUACAUGCAUGCAAGGGGGAAUUCCGCCCCCUUGUGUAGAAGCGAAGCCUGCAGUCUGGUGCCUGGAACUACAUCCUCGACUGCUGCUGUUAAACAUGCAUUACAAUCUCCGAAAUAUGAGGAAAAACAGGGUCU